UCUCUGAAUGGAUUACGUCUUCAUUUAAAGGCAUAUCUUGUUCUUGUCGAUUUUCGGUGAUUUGUUCCUUCAAAUUCCCCUCAUCAUUUUCAGUUCUCCCGCUCCUUCAUACCGCUUAAUAUAUUUCUUCUAUCUGUUUAUCCACCUAAGAGAUCAAAACCCCGUAUCAAUGUUGCCAUCUUCCUCAAGGUCACUCGCAGUCAUCAAAAUCCUUUUGAUCGCACUCGCAGUUUUGCGCUCUUCAUGGUUCAUUUCAUCUUCAUCUGACCUCCUCGACGAUUCUCUGGCCUACAUAUGGCCGCUGCCAGCGGAGUUCAGUUCCGGAAACAAUACACUCUCCGUUGACCCCGCCCUCACUCUCUCCGUCGCCGGUAACGGAGGUGGUUCUCCCAUUGUCAGAGCUGCAUUUGAGAGGUAUGUUAGGAUUAUAUUCAAGCAUACGGAUUGGCUCUCCGCAUUUAAGAAUCUCAAGGGUAGAAGGGGAUCGGCUUAUGAUAUUACAAAAUUGAAGAUUGUAGUUCACUCGGGCAGUGAAGAGCUGCAAUUGGGAGUCGAUGAGAGUUAUACACUGUUGGUCGCGAAGAAUGAUCAGAAGGCGAUUUUAGGGGAGGCGACUAUCGAGGCAAACACUGUUUAUGGUGCAAUAAGAGGAUUGGAGGUCUGUAUGACUACCUUUGGGUUCUUGUCAAAUUGUGUUUAUCCGUUUAUUCAUAGUUGUGUUUAUUGUUCCCACUUGUUAGUUGGUUUGCUAAAAAAUAACGUGUCCAUCAU